AUGACACACUUAUCUUUGAUGGUCCUGGAUGGACGGAAGAUUGCUUUGUAUGUUGAGAUCUGCCGGGAAAGAAAUGUACACUUUUUAAGGCAAACACUUGCCCUUGCAUCCGGAAUAUGCAAAGGUUCCAGUCGAAAAAUAAUUAAAGAAAGCCCUAACGGUUCGUUUUUCUCAUUUUGUGCGCGAAAACAAUACAAGGCGCAAAGAGAGUCUUGGCCAUCCCCCACAGGCCACAACCAUACCCAAGUCGAAGUUAGUUCGGCCAUGGCCACUGUGGCAAACAAUUCUUCUUCUUCCCUCUCAACUCUCAGAAAAACAGCCCUUUAUCCCACUCUCUCCCCAAGACCUCAUUCAAUUCAGCCACCCUUGCCCUUCUUUCCUUCUCCUCCAAUUACCCAUCUCUCCCUAAACCUCAAAUGCUCCGGCCCCACCACUCCCAUACGCAUUAAAAGUUCUUCGUCCUCCGCCGCCGCCGCCGCCUCCGUCCCAGAAACACUCAAAUCCCGCCUCAGAAAUGGCGAGACGCUUUACGGCAUAUUCCUCCUCAGCUUCUCCCCAACCCUCGCCGAGAUCGCCGGCCUGUCCGGUUACGACUUCGCAGUCGUCGACAUGGAACACGGCCCCGGCGGCAUCUCCGACGCCCUCCCUUGCCUCCACGCCCUUGCCGCCACCAACACUGCCGCCAUCCUCAGGAUCCCGGAAUCCUCCGCCACCUGGGCCAAGAAGGCCUUGGAUCUGGGCCCGCAAGGAAUCAUGUUCCCGAUGAUAGACGGGCCGAAGGCGGCCCAAAAGGCCGUGUCUUACUGCCGCUUCCCGCCCAGUGGGGUCCGGGGAUCGGCGCACACAGUAGUUCGGGCCUCGGGCUACGGGAUUGACGAGGGGUAUUUAAGCAACUACGAGGAGGAGCUGUUGAUCAUGUGCCAGGUGGAGUGUGGGGAGGGAGUGAAGAGGAUUAAGGAGAUCGCGGCCGUUGAUGGGGUGGACUGUAUCCAAAUGGGGCCGUUGGAUUUAAGUGCGAGUCUGGGGUACUUGUGGGACCCGGGUCAUAAGAAGGUGAAGGAGGUGAUGAGGGCAGCCGAGAAGGCGGUGCUGGCGGAGUCGAAGCCGCCUGAGGAAGGAGGGGCCUACUUGGCUGGCUUUGCCAUGCCGCACGAUAGUGGGUUGGAUUUAAAAUCACGAGGGUAUCACAUGGUGUCUGGGGCAGUGGAUGUAGGGUUGUUCAGGAAUGCAGCUGUAGAGGACGUGCAGAGGUUUUGGUCCACGGGUGUGGAGGAGGCGGACAAGUCUUCAGAAGAAGGCGAGGGUGGUGAAAAUGGGGAUGAAAAGUAUUGGAGCGAGUAAAAUUUUUUUUUUAAAAAAUGCUGCUGUUGAAUUACCGUACCGUACCGUCUCUCAAAUGUAAGAUGUAAGGGUUGGGCAAAAAUAAAUAAAUGAAAUCCUCUUCGUGUUUGUCUUUCUUUCUCA